UUGACGCUGGAGCGGAGUGGCCUCAAACAGGGAGUGCAGCCACUGGAGGAGCAGAACCGCGAGGGGCGUACUGGCAGUGUCCUCCAGAGAACCUGUUCGACUACUUAAAAAAAACACGCUUCAUUUUUAUUUUGGUACCAGGGGCGGGUUUUUACGUUCACCAUCACCAUCGUGUUGACCGACUUUGUUGAGAAGUUUGGCUGGUGAUGUCUGGAUCAUAUUGCAAAAGUUUGUACCCGUUCAGUGCGGAGCAGCACCAGCAGGGGCUGAGCUUCGAUGCCGGGGAGAUUAUCAAGGUGGUACAGUCUCCGCCUGGAGGCUGGUGGGAAGGAGAGAAAGAUGGAGCCAGAGGAUGGUUUCCCUCAAGUUAUGUACAGGUGCUUGAGAGAACAGCAUCACUGAGUCAGCUUCCUGUGGAGGACCGAAGAGACCCUCUGCCUCCUCACUGGAAAUGCUACAUGUCGCCACAAGGGCGGCAGUACUAUGUCAAUACCACAAGCAAUGAGACAACAUGGGAAAGACCCUCCAGUGCACCCGGGACUCCAAAAUCCUCCUUGCGACACAAGAGCUCCCUACAAGCAGUGAAUGGAUUGAAUGGUGGCAGUCCCUUGCAUCAUUUGGAACAUCCGCACAACAAUCUGGUCCGGAAAAGCAGUACAGAGCCACAGUGCCCGGGAUCGACGUCUCCCACCAGGAAACAGAACAAGGAGACCACAGUGACGAUUAAUUGUGUGACUUUCCCUCUGCCGGCCUCCAUGCCAGAACAGCAGCUGCUUAAGCCAAACGAAUGGAGUUACUGUGACUACUUUUGGACUGAUAAGAAGGACCCCCAGUGCAAUGGCUACAUCACCGGGUUUGAAGUGUUAUUGCAGAAGCAAUUCAAAGGGAAACAGAUGCAGAAAGAGAUGGCCGAGUUUGUACGAGAGAGGAUAAAAAUAGAGGAGGAAUACGCCAAGAAUCUUUCCAAGCUUUCCCAGAUCCCUUUAGCGAGCCAGGAAGAAGGGACUCUCGGGGAUGCUUGGGCCCAGUUGAAGAAGAGUCUGGCUGAUGAAGCGGAAGUUCACCUGAAGUUCUCCUCCAAGCUCCAGAGUGAAGUGGAAAAGCCUUUGCUGAGCUUCAGGGAGAACUUUAAGAAGGAGAUGAAAAGGCUGGACCAUCACAUUGCAGACUUACGGAAGCAGCUGGUUGGUCGCUACGCUUUGGUGGAAAAGGCCCGUAAAGCUCUGGCCGACAGACAGAAGGAGUUGGAGUUGAAAACUCAGCAGCUGGAAAUCAAACUCAGUAACAAGAUUGAGGAAGACAUCAAGAAAGCCCGAAGGAAAUCCACGCAAGCAGGAGAUGAUCUAAUGCGCUGUGUGGACCUGUACAACCAGUCCCAGUCCAAAUGGUUUGAGGAGAUGGUUACCACUAGUCUGGAGUUAGAGCGACUGGAGGUGGAGCGGGUGGAGAUGAUCCGGCAGCACCUGUGUCAGUACACCACCUUACGGCACGAGACAGACAUGUUCAAUCAAGGCACGAUGGAGCCGGUGGACCAGCUACUGCAUUGCGUGGACCCGGCCAAAGACAGAGCGCUGUGGGUGCAGGCGAAUAAGACUGGAGACAUCCGGCCUGUGGACAUAGAGAUAUAAACGACACAGAACAGGCCCUCAUACCUUGCACACUGACUCGAAGCCAGCAUGUCUGCCUGGAUGUGGAUCUGUGUGUGUCGGGUCAGCACAGCAGCAAUGAUCCACUUAUGACUGAAGGAUGGUGUGAUCAGUCACCUCCCGAUAAGCACCUGCUGAGGAUGAUGACAACGUCAAUAUUUGGGUCAGAUUUAGACCCCUUUUUAACACCCAGCUACAUAGAUGAAGGACAUUUGAUUUGUGUAUGUGUCGAGCUGCCCUAUGUCAUGCUGCAGUGUAAGUCUGCUCUUGCUCUCGGUGCAAAUUCUCGCUCGUGUGACUUCACACGCAAAACGAUUUAACAAAUGCUGCUAAGCAAAACGCAUUAUUAUCGUGUUGUGUUGUGUUACUGUGUACUCGCUUAUUUCACUGUACAGGUACACGUGUGAUAAUGACAGUUAACCAUAAAAGUGUUGAGAUGAAGUUUUGACCCAUGAGCUUGAUGUUCUUUGGAGAAAGGCAUCGUCAUUUACCAGCUACUGUAUCAUGAGAAGACAUAAUAUACAAUGCUUGGAAUGAAUAUAUUUUCACAGGAUUCUAGCCGAUGGCUUUAUGUUAGUUAAACACAAAAAAACAGAAGUAAAUUCAUGCUACUCGAUUUUCAUUAUAGUGAGUGCAGGACGGAACAUGCACGAUAAUUUGAUGCCGGCUUUUGCUCAUUUGAAAAGGUCAAAGGUGUCUGGUGUGUGUAGCCAGGUUUGUAACUGUCCGCAGUUAGAGCAGAUUCAUAUAUUUUUGUCAUGGGACUCCCAAAUGUCAACAGUGUCGCAUCGAUGCCUCGGAGCAUGUUAAAGCCGCUUGUGGGCACAGUUUCAGUUGCUCAUUUGUUGUUGCUUGCAGCAGAAAAGUCAGCUGGUUGCACUUCACGGGCACAAAGAAAGAUACUGUAAGUAUUUUAGUAUGUUCAGGGACCCUGAUGUAAAUGUAUGCAAGCCAGAUAUGCAAUGUUUAGGAUGUCUAAUUAAAGACACAACAUACAAAAAAUAUAUGACAGGUUUUUUUUUAAUGAAUUAAAGAAAAAAAGCUUCUUUUUUUAAACUUGGACAUAGUCCACCAUCACUACCCUAUUGGGAAUGAGUAUUUAGCUAAUAGGAUGUGAGGAUGUCUUUGAACGUUUAUCCCGGUUAAUUGGUUCCAGACUCGACUGUGAUAAGCGAAUUUCCACAAUGUAGGAUUCCUUCUUUAGGAAUGGAAUAUUUUUGUAUUUACAGCAUAGAAAACCUGUUUAUGACCUUCUAAAUGUUUUUUUAACAUUAUUAGAGCCCUCUGGACAU